GGCCUCCCUUCCUCAACCACUCCAUUUUUGCUUGGAGCUACACCCCAAGUGCGAAGACCUUCGGGUCAGGCCUGCACGUUCCUUGUUCGUUCCUUCUCUUCCCUUGCCUACCACCUUGACACGCCCUGUGGUGCUGUGUCGGGAUAGUGAGAGGCGAUAAGUCAGUCUAGCAUUCGUUCUGCAUCGCAAUCGUGUCGCACUUGAUUUCACUUCGCUUCACCCAUUCCGGUGAUCCUCGGUCACUUCGUCGCUCGCCUUCCAAGUCACCCUGGAUUCGCAGAUUUCGGGGCCGAUCUCAAUCUCAGAAGGGAUCUGCCCUUGUUGAUUCUUCGCAGCUUUCUGGCAAAGCGGUAACUACUCGAUUCACCAUUCACCUUCAUCAACGACUUCAGCAAAACCCACCAUUUUUCGGCAGCUUGCCUUGUAUAUACUCUCGCUCUGUUUGACGUCUAUCGAUAACAUCGGCGCUCGCAUCUUCAUCCGAGAACUUUGCUGUUGGUCCGAAGCACGGGAGAAGUCAACCUUACUCAUCCUCUUUGUGACCCCGCUAUUGUCCGGUAGACAAUGGGAAUGUUCACCUUCUACCGCCUCUCUCAAUGACACGCGGCCUUUUGUCUCACCAACUCAAAGUCACGUCAGAUAAUCGCUAAAGAAGAGCGAUUGCGACUGGACGUGAGAGGCCGCGUCUCGUCUUCUUGGUCCUCCAGCCCCCUUCCUCCGCCUUCAACCAUCAUCCCUACCUUAACACCUGUUUUGAGUAUACCCAGCCAAGAGAUCCCAAGAUGGACCUCGCACACCAUGGGCUCCCUGACCAGGGGCUCGCCAUCGCGACGGCGACAGUACUACAGCAACGAGACACAGCAACGACGAUGACGCAAACUGCUGCAGCCACCCCCAGCAACACCAUUGCACCCUACGGUACCGGCCUCAACGGUGUCAACCAGCCCAAUAACAUGUUGUUUACCGAACUUCUCUGGUGGAGUCUGGGCAUUGUCGGCCUUGUGAUGCUUCUGGCCAGGAUCGUCGGGCUGGCGUGGGCGCAACUACGGCUCGUUUCGGCCAUGUCCUUGCCCGGGGAAAAGCAAGAGUUCUGGAAGCGAACGCAGUGGAGCAAGAUGCCCGGCCUGAAGAGGGAUCUCCUCUAUGCGCCCCUGUGGAGGAAGCGACACAACCGCGAAAUCCGCCUCUCGAGCGCUGCCAAUAUGGGGACGCUCCCCUCGAGGCUUCACAGCCUCCUGCUCUUUGGUUACCUAGCCAGCAACCUUGCCUACCUCUUCGUCCUCGACUGGAAGAACGAGAACAAGUACGCGUUGUGCGCCGAGAUCCGCGGUCGCUCGGGGACGCUUUCCGUCGUGAGCAUGGUGCCUCUCAUCAUCUUCGCCGGCCGCAACAACCCCCUGAUCAACCUCCUCAAUGUCAGCUUUGACACCUACAACCUAUUACACCGGUGGAUGGGACGGAUCUCCAUCAUCGAGGUCAUUAUCCACUUCAUCGCAUGGGCGAUCGUGCAAGUGGCCGACGGCGGAUGGGAAGGCGUGCAGCGGAAGAUCCUCAACGACCGUUUUAUCGGUUCUGGCACGGUCGGAGUCGCGGCCAUGACCCUCAUCCUCUUCUUGGCCUUUUCCCCGGUGCGGCAUGCCUUCUACGAGACGUUCCUCAACACCCACAUCAUCCUGGCCCUGAUCGCCUUCAUUUGCACCUGGAUUCAUUGCGUCACGGCCACGGUUCCGGGGGGCCUGCCACAAACGUCUUGGAUCAUGGCCAUCGUGUUCCUGUGGCUGGCCGAAAGGACAGCGCGCAUGUUCCGCCUAGCCUACGCCAACUGGUCGGCACGGGGCUUCACCGAGGCCAUCGUCGAGGCCCUGCCCGGCGAGGCCUGCCGCGUCACCAUGCACCUCCCCCGCUUCGUCAACAUCCGGCCUGGCCAGCACGCCUACCUCAGGUUCGCGGGCGUCAACUUCUGGGAGAACCACCCCUUCUCGAUCGCCUGGUACCAACACCGCUACCGCGACGACGACGUCCUCCCGACGAGCGAGAAGGAAAAGGGCAGGCUUCGCCCGCCACGCGAGGCGGUCGGCACGACCGUCUCCUUCAUCAUCGGCGCCCACUCCGGCUUCACCCGCAAGCUCUACGACAAGGCCCUCCAGGCCCCCCAGGGCCGCGCCAUCUCGAUGCGCGCCGCCUUCGAGGGGCCCUACGCCCUCGGCUUCAGCAUGGACAGCUACGGCCACUGCGUGCUCUUCGCGGGCGCCACGGGCAUCACCCACCAGAUCAGCUACCUGCGGCACCUCAUCGACGGCUACAAUGCCGGCACGGUAGCGACGCGCCGCAUCACGCUCGUCUGGAUCGUCCGCGACUACGAGCUGCUCGAGUGGGCCCGCCCGUACAUGGAUCACAUCCUGAAGCUCCCGAACCGCAGGGACGUGCUGCAGAUCCGCCUCUUCAUCACCCGGCCCCGUACGCCGAGCCAGGUCGUCUCGAGCUCCACCACCGUGCAGAUGUUCCCGGGGCGGCCCAACAUCCCCAUGCUGCUGGCCAAGGAGGUCGGCGAGCAGAUGGGCGCCAUGUGCGUGUCCGUCUGUGGGCCGGGAGGGCUGGCGGAUGACGUGAGGGAUGCGGUCCGCAAGGUGCAGGCCCACGGGACCGUUGUUGACUUUGUCGAGGAGAGCUUUACCUGGUGAUCCCGUGUUGUACAUUCAUUCAUUGGUUAGGGUGUGGGCGGCAGGUUUUUUUUUUCCUUCUUCGAUAUCGGAAUAGAACGAGCGAACUAGACGGCGACACCUUCUGCUUGGUCACCGGUUUGUUCUUGUUUAGAGGUUUCAGCAUAGCGGCAGCGCGUUGAGGAGGCAUAUCUUUAUUUAAUUAUACCCUGUUUCUUCUUGUUCAAUUCACUGAAUGACGCUCCCCUCCCUCCUAUGUACAUUGUGGCGCAUUGGGCUCUGGGAAACCAUAGCGGCAUCUGAGAAUGCUCUUGGAAGCAACAAGAGAGGAUUGGCCAAGGUGCUCGAGCGAUGCUGCCAACCCGACGGUGCUCAAUGUUGUCAAAUAUUGUCC